CACUGUUUCACUCCGUAAUCUCUAUCUUCUCCGUCGCGACCAAAACGAAGCUCCGCCGAACAAAUCUCGGAUUCGAGGGACGAUGGAAACUGAAUUGAUUGAAUUGUUCGAGGGGGCAAAAAAGGCGGCCGAUGCGGCAGCUCUCGACGGUGUUACCUCCUCAGGUCCGGAGAUUUCUCAAUGUCUCGAUGCCCUGAAGCAACUCAAGAAGUUUCCUGUCACAUACGACACGCUCGUUGCGACUCAGGUAGGGAAGAAGCUGAGGUCUCUUUCAAAACAUCCUGUUGAGGAAAUCAAAAGCGUAGCUACUGAUCUGCUUGAGAUAUGGAAGAAAGUUGUUAUUGAAGAGACAUCCAAGGCUAAGAAAAUCGGAAGCACAAACGGUGUCAAAUCUGAAACUGCCAAAGACGGUAAGAUAGAUAGGAAGGAUGUUGAGAGGACUUCCAAUCCCGCGCCGGUAAAAGUCCAGAAACUUCAAAGGGGUGAUUCAGCUAAGAGUAUCAAGGUAGAGAAAAAGGAACCAGACAACAAAGUCGGUGCAAAGAUAGAGAGAAAGGAACAAGACAACAAAGUCAAUACCGGAGCCAAGUUAGAUCAUCGUGGUCAGACUGUCAAGGAUGAAAAGGUCUCAAAGGAGAACCAAUCAAGUACGAAAGCUCCUGCUAAAUCACCUAAUGCUCCUCCAAAGCUAACUUCAAUGCUCAAAUGCAAUGAUCCCGUGCGUGACAAAAUCCGUGAGAUGCUUGUGGAGGCACUGUCAAGGGUUCAUGGAGAAUCUGAUGAGUACGAUAGAGAGAAAGUGAAUGGAUGUGAUCCAUUCCGCGUUGCUGUCUCAGUGGAAUCUCAUAUGUUUGAGAAAUUAGGCCGCUCAACCGGAGCUGAGAAGGCCAAGUACAGAUCUAUAAUGUUCAACCUGAGGGACAGUAACAACCCAGACUUAAGAAGGAGAGUUCUUACCGGGGAGGUGCCACCAGAGAAACUCAUCACACUGUCCGCUGAAGAAAUGGCAAGCGACAAGAGGAAACAAGAAAACAACCAGAUCAAAGAGAAAUUCCUGUUUAAUUGUGAGCAGGGUCCUGCACCAAAAGCAAGUACGGACCAGUUCAAGUGCGGGCGGUGUGGUCAGCGCAAAUGCACCUACUAUCAGAUGCAAACAAGGAGUGCUGAUGAGCCGAUGACGACUUAUGUUACAUGUGUUAACUGCAACAACCACUGGAAGUUCUGUUGAGGUGAGAUCUCUGUGUGUUCUUUUUAUUCCAUGAUACCAUGUUGUUAA